UGAAAUACGCAACUACCACCGGAAAUACAAAGUCACGUGAGACAUUGGUCAUAAUACACAUCUGCUGCGUUGGAAGAUAACUUGUGGUUGACGAUGGUUUGUGGAGGUUUUACUUGCUCCAAGAAUACCCUUGCAGCCUUAAAUAUAUUUUACAUUUUGGUGUCCUUUGUGUUGGUGGGAGUUGCUGCCUAUGCCCGAGUGGUAACCGUGGUCACCAGCCUUGCUCUGGUGGGAGGUGUCAUUUCCUGUGGCGUCUUCCUAUUCUUCACAGCCUUAAUAGGACUUAUAGGAGCAUGUAGACACCAUCAAGUGCUGCUUUUUUUUUACAUGAUCAUCCUGUUCCUGGUGUUCUUGGUCCAGUUCUCCCUGGCCUGUGCCUGCCUGGCCGUCAACGAGGAGCAGCGAGAACAGCUGGCCAAGUCUGGCUGGGACUUCUCCAGUAACGAGACCCGCAUCAUUGUCCAGGCCACCUCCCAGUGCUGCGGAUUCAAGGACCAGGACGGGGGCCAACACCCCUCCUGUAAAAGUUUGAAGUGUUGUGCAGGUUCAGAUGCUGGAUGUUGUUCAGGGAUCAAUAAUUCUACUUUGAUGAAUUGUCCAUGUUCAUCUUGCUUAGAGAAACUUAGUGAUAAGAUAAACUACGGCUUCAAGUUGACGGGAGGGAUAGGCCUGUUCUUCAGUUUUACGGAGAUCCUAGGCGUCUGGAUUACGGUUCGAUAUAGAAACCAGAAGAAUCCACAAGCCAAUCCUAGUUCAUUCCUUUAAUUACUCACAACUUAUAGGUGUGUGGUUGGCACUGCGGUAUAGAAACCUCAAAGAUCCCAUGGCAAAUCCCAGCGCAUUUUUAUAACAGUAGCUCCUAGUUAAUUAUUAAUUUAUCAUUCAAUAAAUAGAUUAUAUCGUAUAUGCUAUGUGAGAGAAGAGAACAUGGGGUUAGAAAUUGAGGUUUAUAUGGGGUGUGGUGUUUACUGGUAAAUGUUAGUGACUGAGAGGUGUGAAUUGUAUGUAUAAUAAUACCUUAUUGCAUUAAUGAAAGGAAGAUGAAAAAGGAAUGAAGGUUGUAGAUUUGUUUAAUUCAAUUUUCCUCUGGCUAAUUUUUUUUCUUUCCUCCUGAAAAAAAGAAUAGGGGGAGAAUACAUAUUACUGACAAUUAUAUACAUAUACUGGUACACGUGUACGGUGUAUACAUGUAUAUCAUGCGUAAACUGAUUUUUUUUAUUCCAAUUUUUUAUUUAUCAUAUGUUAACUCAACACCUUUGAAAUACUUUUAGAGAUAUUAAUAUUAUAAGUUCUAAAGUACAUGGAAAUUCAAUGUCAUUUCAUGUGUGAUUUUCAAUGAAAAAUUUUAAACAACUGUCAAAACUCAUAAGUUUGUGCAAUAUUUGCAAUUGUUUGUUGCUUACUUUUAUUUAUAGCCACCUGUUGUGUACAUUCAUGGAAAUAACUUGUUUCAUAUCACCAAAAACAUGUUUUUUGUAAUUAAGAUGUAAUUUGAUAAUAAGAUUGGGGCAUUUUAUUAACGGGAGAAACUUUGGUUUAUAUUGUGAUAAUGUGAGUGCUUCUUUACCCGAGAUUUCUUUUCUUAACCUCCAAAGUAGUGUGUAUAAAUAUAAUGUGGGGAUAAAAAUUAUUGUGAGAUAUACCAUAAAUGUAUUAGUGUAUGGACAUUUAUGUACACUCAAUGGUCCAAGUGCAAAUUGUCCUUUAUACACCUAAGGUACUAUAGGAUGUUCACCCUUGGUCUACAAUCAAGUACUCUAUAUCUGUUUACAUUCCAUAUAUUUUCGACACUAUAUUUAUACUCUUAAUUGAUUUCACUGAGACAUGACAAGAAUAGAUAUUCAUAAAACUAAAAUUGAAUUGUGAUAAUUCAGAAUCUCAGAUUUGUGCAGUGGAGUGACUGAAUUAGUUAUUUCUGUUUGAUUUCAUUUCAUUUGGUACAAGCACUUGAAACCUUGGUUUUAUCUAACUCUUAAAUUUCAACAAAAAAUGUAUAAAUACAUGUGCUGUAGUAAAUAUUGUUGGUUUUUAUCUCAUCGACUGUAAAUACAUCCCAGAUGUAUCUAUCUAUAAAGCUUAGUAAAGAAAAUUGUAAAAAUUGUUUUUUGAGAUUGACUUAUUCUGUACCUCUGUGUCAUAUUACACAAACAUGAGAAUAACAAUGAGAGUGUUACUUCUGAUCUCUGUUUUGUUGUUGUUGUCUCCCUUGGACAUGACCGUUGUAUCCUACUGUUUAGAAAUCCAUUUUUUAAUUUAGAAUUGAAGGAAUUUUUUUUAAUGGAAUAUUGGUGUCUGCUGUAUGUCUUGGCAUAUAAACAAUGAAAUAUUCUUAUGUGAGAGUAGGAAGUAGGUACUGCAAAAAUAAAGACCAUCAUCGACAAUGUUAGGAGUCGAGACAUUUCAGUAUUUGCUUUGUUUAAUCUUCCAAAAAAUUGUUUCAUUAAGAGUUUCUUUCACAUUAAGAAGCUGGAGAUUCUGAAGAUGUUUUACACGUGUGCUAAGACAUACAGCAUAAUUAGUAGUUUUAUAUCGAGUUUUAUUUAUUUUCUUAAUAUAUUGUUUUUGUUUUGUCAUUUAGUUUUGUAGGUAUAGAAAUUAUGGGAUAAAAUAAAGCACAAUUCAGUAUA